AUGGGCCGCAACAGUGGUGGUAGCCAAGAAAACAAGCUGCGGGGUUACAAGGCAGCAACCCACAACCCCCGCGUCUCGGAACAAGCCCGGGCCCACGCCCAGCAAGAAGCCGACAAGAUGUCCAACUACGGGAGCGACGAGGAGCGUCACGAGGAGAAUGUCAAGCGUGGACUGAAAGCUGCCAUGCAUAACCCUCGUGUCAGUGAGGGGGGGUCGUCGCGGUGCCAAGGAUAA